AUGGCCCCAUCUAGAUCAUGGACCGGCCGUGUCUUCAUUGCCGCAAGCCUGGAUGGUUACAUCGCCCGCCCCGACGGCGACAUCGAAUGGCUUAUCAAUCCAGCUCCGGAUCCCAACCACUUGCGUCCUUCCGAUCCACGCACCGUGGAUGAUUUUGAUCAGCACAUGGCCCGCGUGGACUGCCUGCUUAUGGGCCGCAGAUCCUACGAAAAGGUCAUCUCCUUCCCAGAAUGGCUGUACGGGACCAAGCGCACGUUCGUCCUCAGCACAACCCUACCUACGGGGACCUGCUCGCAUGAUUCGGCCACAGUUGAGGUUAUACCAUCGCUAGAUGAAGCUGCGGAGGUCUUUGAGCGAGAACGUAUUCGCUGUGUAUAUAUAGAUGGUGGAGAGGUCGUUCAGGAAUUUCUAAGACGGGGUUGGGUCGACGAGAUUAUCCUUACGCAUGUCCCUGUGCUGCUUGGGAGUGGGAUACCACUGUUUGGCUACUUAUCGCAGUAUGUUAGGAUGACCUUGUUAGCUGUGGAUGUUAUUGAAAAUGGGAUGGUUUCAGCGCAUUAUCGCGUGUUGAGUUCUCCGGAUGGGGUGUAA